AUGAACAAAACUCAUCAGAAUUCGGUCGCUGUGACUCGAUCACAAAAAUAUGUGCGCGAGAUUAUCCCAAAUAUCCGCGUGGGCCACAUCAAAUCCGAGACCUUGUCCCGAGCCACCGCCCGAGCCCUCUCCACCACCACCCAGGUCAACAAGAACGUUGCUGUUCUCGGCGCCGCCGGAGGAAUCGGACAGCCCCUCGCCCUCCUCCUCAAGUGCAACAACUCCGUCACCAACGUCUCUUGCUUCGAUGUCAACCCAGUCACCCCUGGUGUUGCCGCUGAUCUUUCCCACAUCGAUACCAAAUCCCGAGUUACCGGAUUCGUUGGUUCUGACUCCGCCACAAUGGAGGAAGCCGUCCGAGGUGCCGAUGUUGUCCUCAUCCCCGCUGGUGUCCCACGAAAGCCAGGCAUGACCCGAGACGAUCUCUUCAACACCAACGCCACCAUCGUUGCUCAGCUCACCGCUGCCUGUGCCAAGGCCGCCCCUAACGCUGUUGUCGGUAUCAUCUGCAACCCCGUCAACUCCACCGUCCCAAUCGCCACCGAGGUCUACAAGCAGCUCGGCGUUGAUGCUUCCCGAAUCUACGGUGUCACCACCCUCGAUAUCGUCCGGGCUAACGAGUUCGUCUCCGUCCUCGGAUCCCAGGACCCCAACGACGUCCACGUCCCAGUCAUCGGUGGCCACGCUGGUGUUACCAUCAUCCCCGUCCUUUCCCAGGUCCAGCCCGCUGGCUGCAUCGACUCUCUCAACGCUGAUGAGAUCUCCGCCCUCACCGAGCGAAUCCAGAACGCCGGUACCGAAGUCGUUCAGGCCAAGGCUGGUGGUGGAUCUGCCACUCUCUCCAUGGCCUACGCCGCUGCCCGAUUCGCUGACUCCGUCAUCCGAGCCAUGAACGGCGAGGAAGUCGUCGAGUGCGCUUACAUCAAGGCCGAGAACCUCCCCGGUGUCGAUGUUGACUACUUCUCCACCCCACUCCUCCUCGGUGCUGACGGUCGAGUCAAGGAGAACCUUGGACUCGGCGAGCUCAACCAGUUCGAACAGGACCUCGUCUCUGCCGCUUGCAAGCAGCUCGCCGGAGAAAUUAAGAAGGGAGUCGAAUUCGCUGCUAACUACAAAGCCUAA